AUGGGCCAGAGACGACAAGGGAGCUCAGUCACAAUCCUCGGCACCAGGGUUCAUCUGUUGAUUCUCUUUCUGGGUUUAGAUUACAUGCACAGCGCCCACCGCCCUGUCACUGGGGGCCACCUGGGGAAAAAGGAGAGUAGUUAUGUGGGCAGCGUGGGCACCAGCCCCAGGAAAUCGAGCCGCUGCACGCCCCCGCCUGCCGACUCUGAGCUUGUCAGCUUCUGCUACCUCCAUAUGCGGGAACAAAGAAAGGAGCAGCAAAGUCGGACAGAUGUCAACGAGAACCUAAUCUUCUUUGAGGAGACCAGGCCCCGAACCAAGUCUGACCCCACAUCCAAAAGUUCCGGCCAAGGUUAUGAGGUAGUCCCUGAUGACUUUGAUGCAGUUAGCCUAGACCAUGAGCCUUGUGCCAGCAGGGCCCGGUCCUACACCUUGGACAAUUCCCUUGGGGCUGAAGCCCUGAAUUUCUACUGUGACUCUUGCAAAGCCAAGCUCCAGGAGCAGCUGGGCCCUCGCAAAGGUGGGAAGCCUGGCUCGUCUCGUGACAAUAUAGUAGAUUUGAUGUCCCUCCCACCACCUGGGAGUGAGGAGGAGGAGGAAGAGGAAGAUGAGACAACUUCUCUGUUGCCAGCCAUUGCUGCCCCACCCCCUGGUUUCCGAGACAAUAGCUCUGAUGAGGAUGACCCCAAGCGCCGGGCUGUCCAGAGCCAGGAACAAGGACGCCACCUGCGUGGGCUUCUGUACGAUGAGAUUCCAGUGACAUUGAUUGACAGUGUGCAGACCCGGACAGUUCGAGAUCAUGCCCAGGAGCUAGAUGAUGCUCUGGUGUCCACUCUGCAGGCUCUGGAAGCCCUGGCUGCAUCCGAGGAUGGACCACACCCACCACCCCCACAGACUGCAGGUCUGAUUGUGCUGGCCACAAUCACUCCUGAAUCAUCGCUGGACUCGGGUCAUGAAACCAACUCUUCAGAGCUCACAGACAUGUCAGAGAUGAUGUCGGCCAUGAAGCAGCACCAGAACACCACCUACUUCCUGGCCCAGCACCUCAACAAGGACAGCCUCCUUGCCCGCAAGGACCUGCCCUUCCGGAUCCAGAGCUGUGCAGCCCAGGCUGUUCUUACGGCCCCUUACUCUCUCGGGCGCCCAGAUCCCAACCCAUCUCUCCAACCCAUUGCCACAGGCCAGAGUAGUGGCCCCGCUGGCGCUCGGAGGAAGCUGCCCCAGUCAGAGGGCCAGGUACAAGGAGAACGAACAUACUCCUUGGCAGUACACCCAGCACUGUCCCCACAGCUUAGUGAACAGAAGAAUCUGAGCCUGCUGUCCUCAGUUCCUGAGGACAAAGGGCCUGGCCACACUAGGGCAGGCCUAGAAAUGUCACUGAGGGCAGCCACGUCAUCCCUCAGUGAAGAGCAGGUCUCUGAGCUGAGGGACAACCUGCCCAAGGAGGUCAGGUUGAGCCCCAAGCUUAUCCUGGACCCAAAGGGCAGUGUGACCCCAGCCAUCAUCUCAGCUGCCCUACAGCAAGUGGUUCACAGUAAGAGUCUAGUCACUCCUGGUGGGGCUUUGGGGAACCCCCCCAGCAGGGGUGAGAGAAGGCUGGAGGCCAGCAUGGGGAGGCCAGAGGUUAGCAUGAUGAGCAGCAGUGCAAAUAAGAAUCUGAAGUUCAAAAUUAGCCCCAGUGCUCCAGAGACCUCGCGGAAUUCUCAGCAUCAGCUGGGCGCAGAGGUCUCUUCCAGCCCCAGAGCACCCACAGGCAGCUGGGCUGACAGCCCGCACCUCUCCCAACAGGAGGACAGGCUGCCUGUUCAAAAUUUCCCUCCCAAAAGCUAUCUUCUGCGAACAAGCCGAGAGUCAGUGGGCAAGCAGGCUACAGGGGAGGUGGCAGGCAAAGGCGGGCCAGAGGGUGGUAAGCCCACCCUGCAGAAGCAGGGCACCAUCUCCAGCCAAGGAGAGAAGGCGCAGCUGGAGAGCACACCCAAAAGAAGCAAGCUCGAAGAGACCAGCCUGGUUCCCCGAGCUACCUACCCCAUGUCUCUGCAGAGCCCCAGCUGCCAGUCAAGAAGCCACAGCCCCAGCUGCCAGCCCCAUGGCCACAGCCCCAGUAGCCAGUCUCAAGGCCAGAGCCCCAGUUGCCAACCUCGAGGCCAGAGCCCACUGAGGUCUCAGGCUGCCAGCCGGCAGGUGAGCACCAUGCCCUCUAGGAAGCUUGAAACAACUCUCAGUGGAGCCCACUCGACCUCUGAAGGCCCUGCAAAACCCAAGUCAUCCCGAGGUCCUUUCCGGCUACGCAAUUUAUUCUCUGCCACCUUCCCAACCCGCCAGAAGAAGGAGACAGAUGAGCGGCAGGCCCAACUGCAGAAGGUAAAGCAGUAUGAGCUGGAGUUUCUUGAGGAACUUCUAAAGCCACCAAGCCAGGGGGAGCUGCCAGGCACCGAGUACCUGCAACCUCCAGCACCUGGCCGCUGCAGCUGCCAGCUUCGCAGCAGCCCCGUGCAGCAGGGGCCUGGCAUGUCCCGCGAGCAGAGGCGCAGCUGCGACUGCAAGCGCAUCUGCCGGGGGGGCCGGCCGCAAGCCACCCAGACACCAGUGCCCAGCCUCCGGGGGAGGGAAAGGGACAGGGUCCUCCCUAGCCAGAGGCAGCCAGAGGCUGGCCCAGGCGUGAGCCUCAGCAGCCCCAUUAAUAUCCGGCGCAUUCGUUCUACCAGCCUGGAAUCCCGAGAGUGCCGAUCAGACCCUGAGAGUGGUGUUUCGUGCCUGACCACGUGUGCCUCAGGGGGCGAGUGUCUGGGAGCUCCCAACUACAGGAAACUGAUGCGCCGCUACAGUAUCAGUGAACUGGACCAGGGUGACAGGGCCUCGCUGACCUCGGAUGUCUACCCACAUCCGCCCCUGGGCAUGCUGCCCAGGGAGGCCAAGGAGUUAGAGGCAAGCCUCCCCAUAGCCUUGGGUCCCAAAAGCAGGUCUCUGGAGUCACCGACGCUGGGAGACCCCUCCUACGUCCAGGUUGCCCCAGAGACCAAAGGCCCCAGACAGAUGGCCGUGUUCUCACUGCCCACAGAGGUGUACCGGAAGCCUGCCGAGCUAGACGAGGACAGUGAGAGCAGCAAGUGCUGCUCCAUCCGCUACUGCUUCUACUACCGCAAGUGUGACAUGGCAGAUGAUGCCAGUGAUGGCAAGGAUGAGCUCUCUUACUCUAUCCCCAUGAAGAUUCUGCCUGGCAUGAAGCUGGACGAGCAGGUGGUGCCUGUGGUGAGCAGGACCCUGCAGGUGCUGGAUGCUGCUACCUGCAGCAGCAGCAGCCCUGAGGCCUCCCGCACUCAGGAGAUUGACCUCCGUGUGUCCACCUUCGAGGGGAGCCUGGCCAAGAUCAAUGCCCUGCGGGCCCAUGCCUAUGGCCUCCCUGAUGGCUUCCUGGCUGCCCGGCUGGACACCAACGAACUGCUGACAGUCCUGCGGCAGUGUGUGGCCAGCCCCGAGGCCCGUGCCCCCAAGCCCUAUGUCUCUCAGAUCUCCGAGUAUAAGCUCGAGCUAGCUCUCAAGUUCAAGGAGCUCCGGGCCUCCUGCCGCCGUGUGGCCAAUGUGGACAAGAGCCCGACUCACAUGCUGGCAGCAAUCACGGGCAGCUUCCAGGUGCUGAGCAGCCUCAUUGAGACCUUCGUGCGGCUGGUGUUCAUUGUGCGCUCCGAGGCCCAGCGCCAAGAGCUGCUGGCCAAGGUAGAAGAGGUGGUGAGGAACUACACCUUCCUGCUGCGUGCAGCUGAGGAGUCCACAGCCCGUAACCUUAACCAGCAGCAGCAGCAGCAACAGCAACAACAACAACAACAACAACAGCAGCAGCAGCAGCAGCAGCAGCAACAGCAGCAGCAGCAGCAGCAGGUGGCAGCAGCUGCAGGGGCAGCCACAGAGCACCCACCAGGCUCCCCAACUUCGGCGACUGUUAUGAGCACAUUCACCCACUCCUUGAAAACCCUUAUUAAGUAGGGCAUCUGCCCACACCUGUCCCCCUUCCCCAACCAUGGCCCCAAGUUUGAGCUUUGUGGUCCUUGCAUCUUGUGGUGAGUGUGUGUGUAUCUGCUGGGCCAGUCAGGGUCCAAGAGCCCAUCAGUCUCCAGGGAGUGGAAACUCUCGAUUAAGGCUCUCUUAAGGGCUGCAGACUUAGCUGCCGCCCUGGGUGUCCUCACCCCUUCCCUGGCCUCUGGGCCUCACUGUGAGGAUAAAGGCCCCUCGUCACUCUGCUCACAGCAGGGCUGUAUUUUAUCUCUUCUCUCGGGCUGAGAGGUGACAUCAGGCUCACUUCCUGCUCAAUCCGUGUUGGGCGCUGGGGGAGCCAGGGCCUGAAGGAAGCGGACCCUCAGGCCUUGAGCUCCUCAUGGCAUUGGCUCCCCUGCUGGGAGCAAUGGCAGUAGCAGCAGGCCACAUUGCCGUGCCAAGGGAGAGUGCGCUCAGUCCAGAUGUGCCCAACCACCUUGGGCUCACACUCACUUGGCAGGUGCCACCCUGAGGGCCUGUGCCUGGGUGAGAUGUCUGCAGAAAACAGCCACACUAGGCUCUUUGCAGCUGCCCAACAGGCUGCCAGCCUGGGGAGCCCUCACCUCCAGGUCCAGUAGCUCCACACCAGCCAUCCCCAAAGUGCCCUGCCUCUCACUGAUGGGCAGGGCAGCUCAGUCCACUAGGGAGCAAGCAUCUGGGAUCACCCCACUCGUUUUGGGUAAGGUACCUGGUGAAAACGUCUGCCUGGGGAGACCCAGUGCAGGCCUAGGAGCCCGCCCAGCCCAGCGCGGGGGCUGUUGCUGCAGGCGUGAGGCUCCUCUCUCAACAUCUCUCUACCAGACAGACUGUCCUUAGGAGUUUGACUUAGCUGUGGAUCGGGGAGGGGGGUGGGGGGAGGGGGGAAAGGGGUAGGGGUGGGGGGUGUUGAUGACUAUAUCUUAAACUUUUGGAAGCUAGCGUGAUAUGUUAAUCCUGAGUAUAUGCUUUUUUGGCUGUGUAUUGACCCUGUGGAUUUGUCUCUCUAAGAAAAGAAGCUGAGCGCCUUACCCGGUGCAGUCCUGCACCUCUUUCUCCCUCUCUGGAGCCAUCUGGAAGGGAAUUCACACUGUUUAACAUUACCUUGACACACACCUCCUAUUGCCACCACCGCUGCCACCGCCACCACCGCUGCCACCACCACCGCCACCACCGCUGCCAACCCUCCCCCCGCCCCCCACCCCCACCCCCACAACCUUCCUGGGAGUGAAGACACGGAGUCCCUAUCAACUGUCCCACUGUAGGGAACAAAGAAAGCCAAUGUUUCUUCUGUAUAGAUUGCUUCUUGUUCACGUCUCCAUAUCUCCCCAUUUCCCACACCCUUGUGCCCUGUGUCUGCCUCUGUUUCAUCACUGUGUCAGAGAUCCAUGUGAAAUCUUUCAUUCUGAUGUGAGUUUUAUAAAGAUGUACACUGUGCUUAACCCCUGCCCAUCCUUGGUAGCCUCUAGUACAAUAAAGUCUCCCUGAGUGGUGAGUUCUCCCAGCAAGGAGGAGGGGAGUUUCUUCUGCAGAAUCCAGCCCCUCCCUUCCUUGCUUCUCCUCCCCCAGUACCAAGUUGUUGAAUGGGCCAGAGAUGCAGCCAGUGGGGAAUCCUUUUCCCCUCAGCCACUGCAAGCUGGAGUGCUGACAUGGUCUUCUUUUUCUCCCAACUUCGCCACUCAGCCCCUGCCUGUGUCAUUCCACUGCCAUCCUUCACCUCUCCCUCAGCCUCGUGGAGAGGAAACAUUUUCUAAUGUCUGUAUAUAGUAUAUAUACUACAUAAAAUAUAUAAAUUAUAUAUAUAUAUACUAAUUUAUGUCUUGUUUUUCAAACAAGAAUGAUUAAAUCUAUUCAUCUUAC